AUGACUGAAAAAUCAAGGCGUGCAGGGGCUAGGGCUGCAAAUGAAUCAAGCCGCUUGGAAGCUCGGCUCAACAAGAGCACAUUCAAACUUAUUCAUUAUGUGAAGGAGCAACUCCCAUGUCCAACUUUGUCACUUAAAAAUUGUAUUGGUCUUGUUGGUCGAAUUGCUGACCGUGGGGCUGAAUUUGUCCCAGCAAGAGAAUGGAUGAGGAUUUGUUUUGAGCUUCUUGAGAUGCUUAAAGCCAAUAAAAAUGGUAUCCGGCGAGCAUCUGUGAACACGUUUGGCUACAUUGCAAAUGCCAUUAGACCACAAGAUGUCUUGGCAACAUUAUUGAACAUUCUCAAAGUGCAGGAGCAUCAGAACCGCGUGUGCACUACUGUGGCAAUUGCAGUCGUUACAAAAACAUGUUCGCCUUUUAUAAUACUACCAUCAUUAAUGAAUGAGUAUCGUGUACCAAAACUCAAUGUGCAGAAUGGUGUUUUAAAAUCACUAUCUUUUCUUUUUGAGUACAUUGGUGAAAUGGGUAAAGAUUAUAUUUAUGCAAUCACUACACUACUUGAGGACGAUCUUAUGGAUAGAGAUUUGGUACAUAGGCAAACUGCUGCAUCUGCCGUUAAGCACAUGGCUUUGGGAGUGGCUGGUUUAGGUUGUGAGGAUGCUUUAGUACACUUGCUGAAUUAUGUAUGGCCAAACAUAUUUGAGACUUCUCCGCAUGUUAUUAAUGCUGUCAUGGAAGCCAUAGAAGGGAUGAGGGUUGCCUUGGGUGCAGCUGCAGUCCUGAACUAUUGUCUGCAGGGGCUAUUCCAUCCUUCAAGAAAGGUUAGGGAAGUUUACUGGAAGAUUUAUAACUCACUGUAUAUUGGAGCUCAAGAUGCACUGGUGGCUACUUAUCCUGUGUUGGACGAUGACGCGAGCAACAUAUACAGUAGGCUUGAGUUGGUGAUGUUUAUAUGA